UGAAGAAAGAGAGAGAAAAGUGCAGAGAGAGGGGGAGAGAGAGAGACUGUGGAUAUAUUGAAAUAGCUUUCUGAACCUUAAAUGUUUCCGAAGCGAUUCAUUUAGAGAGAGAGAAGAGAGAAAGGCAACGACGGCGGUAAUGGAUCCAUGUCCGUUCGUUCGGCUGAUAAUCGAGUCGCUUGCUCUGAAGCUUCCGGUGGCGAAGAAACCGGCGGGCUCGGGGGUCUGCCCUUCAACGACGCCGUGCUACUGUACUCUCCGAAUCAAGAGUUUCCCUUCUCAGACGGCGCUCCUGCCGCUCUGCUCCGCCGGCGGGAGCGACACUUCUGCGCCGGACUCCACCUCAUCCUCCGCCGGAUUCGUCCUCGACGCGGCCGCCCUCCGCAGGCUCUCCGGCAAGCCGGUCAUCCUCCGGGUGUCGGUCUACACCGGGCGGAUGGGUCGCACGUGUGGGGUGAAGUGCGGAAAGCUCCUCGGGCGAGCCCACGUCAGCAUGAACUUCGGCGGGGCAGAGUUGCGGGCCGUCACGUUCCACAACGGGUGGAUGAAGCUGGGGAGCGAACCGGACAAGGCGAUGGCUCGGCUGCACUUGACGGUCCGGGCUGAACCGGACCCGAGGUUCGUGUUCCAGUUUGGGGGCGAGCCGGAGUGUAGCCCGGUGGUUUUCCAGAUUCAGGGCAGCAUCCGGCAGCCGGUUUUCAGCUGCAAGUUCAAUGCCGACCGGAACGGUAGAUCGAGGUCUCUUCCAUCAGAUUUCGGUUCAAAGAACACUAGAGGAUGGAUAACGAGGACGUUUUCCGGGGAAAGGGAAAAGCCGGGCAGGGAGCGAAAGGGCUGGAUGGUGACGAUCCACGACCUCUCCGGCUCGCCGGUAGCGGCCGCCUCCAUGAUCACUCCCUUCGUGCCCUCUCCCGGCUCCGACCGCGUCUCCCGCUCCAACCCGGGCGCCUGGCUCAUCCUCCGCCCCCACGGCGCCUCCAUGAGCAGCUGGAAGCCGUGGGGCCGCCUCGAGGCCUGGCGCGACCGCGGCCCCGUCGACGGCCUGGGCUACCGGUUCGAGCUCGUUUCCAACGCCGGCCUCGCCGGCGGCAUCCCCAUCGCCGCGGGCACCAUGAGCGUCAAAAAGGGCGGCCAAUUCUGCAUCGACAGCCGGUCGAGAGCUGAUUCCGUGUUGAAUCCCCUAUCGCCGGUUCGCGGAUUCGUGAUGGCUUCGACGGUGGAAGGCGAAAGGCAGGCGAGCAAGCCGGUGGUUCAGGUGGCUAUGCAGCACGUGACUUGCAUGGCCGACGCCGCUCUGUUCAUCGCCUUGUCGGCCGCCAUUGAUCUGAGCAUGGAUUCUUGCGGCGUUUUCUCUCAGAAGCUCAGGAAGGAGUUUUGCCAGGACGAACGGGAGUUUCUCUGAACAUUCGUCUUCCUCCAUUUGCAGUGAUAAUCAUGACCGGCUGGCUGGCUAGCUUCUGGUUUGAGCAUGGAACUCUGAUUCUUAAUUUUCCUGAUCACAAAAUUGAUUGAAUCGUUUCUCCGAUACUGGGUCUGUGACUUGAUGUUUUCCUGGAAUCUAAUUGCCUGUCAAUCGAUCGUCUUCCCCAUUUUUCUCUUCUUGUUUCGUUUCUUGUGAUUGUCUGUCAAGACAACAUUUAUUCUCCGAUCGGGUCUGAUUCUUUGUUCUGUCUGGGAUUUUGUUUUCUAGUUAGGGAUUGAUUGAAUGUAUAAUUUCAUUAAACUGUACAGAGAGAUGAUAUAUUGAUUGCUUACUCAUUUAUCUAA